AUGCAUCCGCCCACAUAUGACCGGAACGCUUACGAAGAGUCCAGCCCAGCUUCUGAGCCAGACGAAAAAGCUUUCCAGAUGCUCGAAGAUCUGUUUGAGCAUCGAGCAGGAUCAGCAAGGGCCAGUUGUCGCGAUACCAUUGAUUCGAUUCUGUCGAAGUAUGAGGCAGUGAGCGAAGAAGUGCAACAAGAUCCACGCAUUGGCCUGGUUCUGAGCGUAGGGCUCAGCAACCCAACUCCAAGGAGCUUCAUUGAUCACGUGCGAAAUGUACCUUCUGAAUACUCGUCCUAUGAGGGGCUUAAGACUCCAUCAGAAGGGCGCGAGUCACAAUGCGAUGGCGAGACGCAACAAACCAAUAGUAUGAUAACAUACCAAGCCGUGGAUGAUGGUAUAGAAUGCCGCAUGGAUACAUCAGGUAUACUUCUCGACGAUCGAAGAGGUCUGAGCAUUAAUGAGCCGGUCCUUGUCGAUUGUGGCUUCCAUGCGUAUGACCAAGACGACUCUGACGCCACCUGGGAGGAGGAAACAAUGCUAGAAACCAACGCAGAGCCCGAUGAAGAGUUUCCUCAGCCCAAGGUUGAGGAGCUUCCUUCUGUCGACGCCAAACCGACGGCCGGGACAGGUGGCUAUUGUUGA